AUGCUUACCGCCAAGAUGCCCGGACCAACGGCGACAAGCACAGAGGCCACUGUUCCACUCCUUCCUCAUCCAUGGCCCUCCAGCCCACUCGCCUCUCUACCCGUCGAGCUCCUCUCCCAUGUCCUCCACCAUGUCGACCAACGCACCGCUACGCGCCUCGCUCGCGCUGCUCGCGCGUUCACCUCGGUCUCGGCGGAUCGGAUUUGGGAAGAGCUGGAUCUCUCCCAGGCGGCAUUUACGGAAGAGCGGACCAUUGAUCAGUGGUAUAAGGAUCAUCAGGACGAGGAUAUCGAUAUCGAGGAUGAGAGGGAGGCCAGGAAGGCGCGCCUGGUCCAGACUCUCGAGAGUGUACUGGCUCAGGGGGAUUCCCGGCGGUGGUGCCGAGUCGAGAAGAUGACGAUAUCUUCACAUUGCACACAGCCAAUCAUGGACAUACUCCGCUAUACGGCUCCGUAUCUUCGCUCCCUCAUCGUACACGCUGGGUGCCACCUCGACGAGCGGCACGGUCACAUGUAUUGGCCGGACGACGGGAACCUGUCUCCCAAUAUGCUGGAUGCCCGGUUGUUGGGACCGGGGAUCCACUUCCCCACCCUGACAAGCGUCCAGCUCUGUCGGGGAUCCAUUGGCCACGCAGAAACCCUCGGAGUGCUCUGCCGCCUCGCCCCGAAUCUGAUCCACAUCGACGUGGAUCUGAACGACACGGUCUGUCGAUUACGCCGGUCAUCGGGCGAUGGUGAUACCGACGACGAAUACCCAGACUCGGAGGAUAAUUCUUCUUCAUCGGCGUCGGCUGACGACGCCUCGGGAGCGGAUGCGGGCGUCGAGGCGGAGGCAGAGGACAUGGGCAUGCCGGAAACGACCAAGAUCAGGACAUUGAGCUUGCGCUUCUCUGUCUCGGAUGAGGGCGGCUGGGCAGGGGCGGCGGUAGGCUGGGAGACGGGGUCUUACUACAACUCAGACGACGAGGAUGAGGACGCGGUGGAAGCCUGGAUGGCUCAUCCGGCUAUCCAGAUACUGGAGCGGAGUCCUCUCGUCGAGCGGUUGACGAUCGACUGUGGUUACGAGGCCCUUUUCAAGGUCCUGAACCGGGUGGUAAAGAUCGCUAGCCAGUACGCCCAUCUUAAGGACUUGUGCUGGCUCGGAAAACCCUACCCGCUCCUUUGUCGCAUAGAGCGGGACGGCCCUGGCUUUCUCAAUAUCGAGCGCCUGACGCUUGAUAGUGAAGGCUGUGACAACCUGUUCCCCGUCAUUCCUCCUCUCUCCAAGCUGCAAUCGGUACACAUCGUAGAUCGUCUUCAUUCACAAGCGGCGUCACCCUCCUCGGACACGGCUCCUGCUGUUGGCAUGGUCCCACGCUUCGCCGCCGGUCUGCGAGCAAACCCUCAGUUGCGCGAGUUCUGUACGGGCGAAGCGGUCAACUCUUCAAUCGGAGGCUCGAUUCGCUCAUGGAUCCACGGGGGAGAGGAAGUGAUCCAUGCUCCGCUUGUCAUGCGCCAUGUUGAGGUUGCCGACACGGUGGCGGGCGGCGGAUGGAGAACUUACCGCGGACCGCGGCAGCCACCUCAAUGCUGUCGCCUCCGGUAUCUGGCACAUACAGAGCCGACGAAAAUCGGGAGUGACGGCGUCACGAAGUAUGAGGGUAGCCCCCAUCGCUACCGGGACAAGAUCUAUCGGCAGUUCCCCCAGUCGGCCAUCGCAGACUUGACCGACUACCAGGGCUCCGCGGUGCCGUUGGAAGUGUUGGAGAGAAUGAGAGUAGUCGAAGGGAUGGAAUUGCGAGAAUGGGAGCAGAGGGGCGUGCAUGUGGGGUCGGAAGCAUGGGGUGUGCUGUUGGAGUGGAAGGUGGCUCAUGAUAAGAAGGUGGCACCAUUGAAGGCGGCGGAAGAAGCACUGCGCGCUCAAAUACUGGCCAGAGAGCAAGCUGCUGCGGAUCGAGAGCAGGCCGCGGAGCUCCUCGCGCAGGAGAAGUUCGACAAAUGGUUGCUGAGGAAUCCAAUCCGGGAGGAACCUCGCAGAAGAAACUACCAUGGUUUUUACUAG